ACAGCAAAAAACGGAACUGGAAGAUUAGUUAAACUUUAUGGGAAUUAUUCCACCAGUGAAGAGCAAUUGCGUCUUGUGUUUGGCAUUCUUGAACAGUUACUCCCAUCACUUAAGCGAGACCUGUACGAAGACGUGGAUGGUAUAAAUGGGGCUGGAUUCAACUCGAUUCACCCUGAGGAGUCCCUUCUACUGCCACGCCCUGUAAAAAUGCAUCGAGAAGCAACCACUUCUGAUAAGGAUAUCAUCCGGAUAAGUAAUCAUUUUAACAACUCAGAUUUCACAAACACAUCGUCAGAGGUUGAUAUAGAUAUGAAUAUGACUUACUCUGAUUUUGCAACUGUCAACAAGAGCAGCGGAAUGAUACUUGAGAGUAGCUCUCAUUUUUAUACAGAGUUGAACUUAGGAGAAUUUAUUGACAACAACGGGGGUCUAAAUGAUACGAUAUCAACCAUAAUGAAAGUUAAUUUGACAAGGCACCUGUGGCUCGUAGAAACAGAAAAUUUCGAUUUUUUGAAGAUAAAUCCAAAUGUUUUUGUGAAGCUUAAAGUUUCAAAAGCGACCACUUUUUCACUCAACGAAACUGAAAAGUUCCCAUAUAAUGCUACUAAUUCAAGCGAAAUCCCGACAAACUUUUCCGCGCCGAUGCAACAGCACAACUCAACCAACUCGUCAAUCACCUCUUUGAAACGCAUUCGGAGAGCCAACGACGAGGACAAUAAAAUCAUCCGUGAAAUAUGGGCAAAAACGGAGCCCUUGUACCUUGGAGCGGAGAAAACAUUUGCGCUGUUUGUGAAAGAAGUUCUUGGAUUCAAAGUGAAGGGAAGUGCUAUAUUCUCUGUAAAGUUCGGCAGUGAAGGUCUUAAAGAGGUAGGUGUCGCCUUCAAGCUAUCAAUCGGAGGUAAAAACCUGCCGGCCAUACUGUCUAUUAAGUACUCAAGAUCUCAAUUGCAAGGAAAGCCUGUAUCUUCUGGACAUCAGUGGCAAAUAAAGAUGGUGAGACUUUUUUAAAAACAUCUAUUUAUUGUGUAAUUCUUUGUCAGAUGAUUGGUUGUAAUAACUUAUACAUUUCCAUCUUUAGCUAAGCCCUUCGUCGGAGCAAUAAGUGGUUGGGCUAUACCGCUGUGGGCAGGAUUUACAAACUUAAGCCUUCCCUAGUUUAUAAAUAUGAUUUGUUAGUAAGCGUCAGGCUCUAUUAAAAUUGAGAGAUAAUAAACCAAAAUGAUGAAGAUAUUCUCUCGUUAUACCCUAACCAUAAGGCCUGUUGACAGGCUAAAUAUGUAUAAGUAUUCAUCUUUUUUGAAACAUCAGAACAGGGGAAGAGCAGCUUAAUUCUCUCACAGUACUGACAGGACUAACACAAAACUUACUGUUUAGUUUAUUAAAAGAGUAUAUUUAUCUUUUUUAGAGUGUUUCUGUUCCUGUACACGCCCUGAGACUUGGAGUGGACUUUGCCUUGAAAGUCAAAGUUAAUAUCAAGCUGAGUUUUCCUCCUUCUAAGAAUUCACUUAAUCCCGUCAAACUAACCGUGCAGGUAUGUACAACUCGUUAUAAUAACAUUGUUCCCCUACUCUGGUUUUCCACACAUUGCACAAAAUCAAGUUAAGGUGAUAACCGUGAUAUGAUAAAAAGGUUAUUGGGUUGUUACGGGAUGCUUAAGGAUUGUUUAAGCUUUAAGUUGGUGGAAGAUUUUUUUGUUGUUCCACUUUGGUCAGGUUUUUGUGCUUAGCGCCGGUGCUAGCACAAUGGUGACGAACCUGGCGUUUCCGCAAUUUUCUAGGCAUCUGUAUUAUAAGGCAACUUGCUUAUCAUUCCUUAAGUUGAAUUAUCCUUUGCAAACAUAACAGUGAACCUAGACUGUUCACAGUCCCAAUUUUUUCGUUAGCGUCAAGAUUGAGCCGUCACCGUCACUGGCAGCCAUUUUGCAAUUGGUAUCGAAUGUAACGAGGAUGAGGUACCGGGGUUAAUAGCGCAAUGGCAGCUUCUGGUCUGCGUGGCAGGCGUUAAAAGGGAAAGGGGAAGGGUAAAUCCGCGCGCGCGAGCGCGCGAGAGGCGCUUUCCCUUCCCCUUUUAACGCCUGCCACACAAGCUAGUUAUAUUCAAGUUAGACUUGGUCAAGAUGGCCGCCUGCAGUGCUCGUUCUCGACUAUCUUACGGAAAAAUAGUCGACUGAGAACGGUCUACAGCAAACCCAGCCUAGAAGACAUUUCUCCUUGCUAGAAAAUUAAAACAAUGAAAAUGUAAACCUUUAUUAACUAUUCAAUUUAGUUACAAGAGGUUUAUUCUCUUGACAGAUUGAGCCUUUCUCCGAAGUCACGGCAAGUAUUGAAGGCUAUAUAUCAGCCCACGCUAUCCGUGCUGGUGCCUAUGGAGAAGGCACAUUAGUGCGAAUUGGGCUCCCUGUGACCCUAUCCUAUUGUGACAAAACGUGGUGUGUAACCCUUUGUUUGCGUUUGAAAGCACUGGAACUAAAUGCCGGAAUUUUUUAUCAGUGGUGGAACGUGUGGAAAUGGGACUGGGGAGAGCGGCGUACAAUUCAUGACUUCGGAAAAUGGGCUGCGUUACAAACGAACUUGAAGUUGUUUAAUAAGUGUACUGCGCCACCUACCCCGAAGACAGACCCAAGUCCUAAUCCUAAUCCUGAUCCCGACCCUAAACCCAACCCAGCUUCAACAACAGCAACCUCAACGACAUCAUCGAUCGCACCAAGUAUGGCAUCAUCNGAAAUGGGACUGGGGAGAGCGGCGUACAAUUCAUGACUUCGGAAAAUGGGCUGCGUUACAAACGAACUUGAAGUUGUUUAAUAAGUGUACUGCGCCACCUACCCCGAAGACAGACCCAAGUCCUAAUCCUAAUCCUGAUCCCGACCCUAAACCCAACCCAGCUUCAACAACAGCAACCUCAACGACAUCAUCGAUCGCACCAAGUAUGGCAUCAUCUAACAGCUCAGUUACAAGAACAGAAACAACAACUAGCACAAUAACGACUACAUCUAUACUGACAUCGACGGUAACUGUUUGUACACCAUCACCAUCGUAUAUACUCACAUUAGCAGAACGCCCAAACGCAACGAUUUCUUCUCUAACAAAUGCAUCAAGUUCAGAGGCCUCAAUAUUUUCGUUAGAAGUAAUUCCAGCAGUUACGAGUAUGGAAGCUAAAUUGUCUACGGCGGGUAUGACUUCAUUGACUUUGCAAGAAACAACACCACUGCCACAAACAAAGACUGCAACAGAUGCAGAAACUAUAACAGCAACAGCAGCAAAUACAUUAGCCACAGAAACUACAGCUGGAAGCAACCCACCUACUACCACACCAGGAACGAAAACAGCGGAGACUAAAACAGUUUCUUCGUCGACAGCCAGUGUGCCAAGAAGUUUGCUAAAAGUUACACCAACAACAGGUACAGAAGAUACGCCCACAGCGAAUAUGUCAGCUGCAGAAACUUCAACUACAAAAACAAAAAUAACGCCAACAUCAGGAGAUGCAACCUCCGCACAAGGUUUACCUGAUCUCACAGUAAGUGCUCCGACAACAGUUACAGUGGUUCAGGUAACAAGGAUGGAUACUGCUAGGGCAUCCGUCACAAAUACAGCGACAUCCACUCCUUUAUCAAAAGUCAGUUAUCCAUCAACUGUAGUCACACCAAACAAACAAGUAACAACUACAAACACUGACGGAAUCACACCGUCAACAGCUUCCGUCAUUACAGCUAUUACAUCAACAGUGGCGUUAGAGGCUGCGAACACAUCAUCAACAACAACUCUGGACAUUGGAUCAACUAAAUCGGCAACACCAACGGCAACUUCAUCAACAAGGACUACAGCGAUACUAACCAUAACAGGCACAGCGGUAACUCCAUCUACAGUACUAACUGCAACCACAGUUGGUUCUACAGCUACAGAAAUUAUUGCACCGGCACCAACUACGGCAUCCCGUUCAGAAAACAUGCUAUCAAUAGCCUCAGACUCUUUAGCUACAACGAUCAGCUCGGAGGCAUCGUCAGUGGAUAAACCGGCUACAUCAGGAAACGCUGAUGCGUCUUCAUCAGAACUUACCUUUAUACUGACCACAUCGGCUGCAGCUACUACACCAACACAAGAAGUUCCUAUCCGGUUUCAAGUAGGGGUAAUUGCAAAAUAA